AACUACCGAACGUUACCGAACAUAUUUCGGCGGAAAUGACCGAGGUCUUAAUUGCGGUCGUCCAAUGUUCACUUUAUGUUGUUGGACAUUCUUAGAGAAACUUUAUUAUUUUGGAGGAAGUUACUGAGUUUGAGGAAAAGCUGAAGUGAAAUUAUAAUUGUUCUGGUCUUGACAGAACUAGAAAAAGAAAAGAAAUGAAAAAUAAAGUUGAUAACGUGAAUCCUGUAAUUUACCAGCGUAAAGUUGAUCGACACGUGCUCCCUGCCGAAGAAGACGAAAAUGUAAUUGACGAAAUCGAUGUCCGUGAAAUAUUCGAUUUAGUCCGAAAUAUUAAUGAUCCUGAACAUCCACUUACAUUGGAGGAACUUAACGUCGUGGACGAAGAUCACAUUCAUAUUGACAACAGCAGUAAUCUGGUGACAUUAGCUUUCACACCGACCAUUCCGCAUUGUAGUAUGGCUACACUAAUUGGUCUUUCGAUUCGUGUGAAGUUACUUCGCUCAUUACCGACUCGUUUUAAGGUGGACAUUGCCAUUGCACCAGGCACACACAAUUCAGAACAAGCGGUCAACAAACAACUGGCCGAUAAAGAAAGGGUUGCUGCUGCAUUAGAGAACAGUCAUUUAUUAUCCGUCGUUAACCAAUGUCUCUCAACGAAAUCCAAAACGUGACAAGGUUUGUGUGAAUGUGACUAGAUUUGUUGGGUGAAUAUAUUAAUCCGGACUCUACAACCACCGUUGAUAUAUAAUAUAAUUUAUUUUGUUUAUCAUAUUCAUUUGUAUAGCCAUUACAAGUUAUCCUUCCAAACUUA